GGCAAGCUUUGGGACGGCCUCCCCUCUCUCCGCAGGAAACAGAAACGGAUGUCAUGGUGUCCAACCCACAUCUGUCGGCUGCAUUGACCUGCGUUGCUAUCCGUCGCCUGUUAGCGGGUGCAAUGGCAAGAUCCAACAGAAGGCGCAGAAGGUUGAGGCGCAUUUUAGCGAUGUUCCAGUGGCAGGGGGGCAAAGGUCUUUACAUGCAGCUCAAUGCUACUGCCCCAAUUAUCGCCGUGUAUGCCAACCCUAAAGCCUGUCUAAAGAAGGACUUUAGAGUUAAGCGAUCCAGUGUGGUGUAUUUAGUGCAGAUGCUUUCCUCCCCAAAGGACCACGGAUGGGGACAAGACAUCGAGGUGCUUGUUCUCCUCUACAGCUUGGCCCAUGGACUAUCGCUCUCUGUGGUGGGUUCAGCAUUCGGGAUUCCCAAAUCGACGGUCCACAGGAUCAUCAAACACGUCACCGGGAAGAUAAAGGCCAACCUGAAGACCCUCAUUUCCCUGCCAGCCGCAGAUGAGCUGCCAGAGAUUGCAGAUGGCUUCUGUCAGCUUGCAAAGAGUCCUGCAUUUCACCGUGCUGCUGGUGCGAUUGAUGGAUGCCAUAUUCGCAUCAAACCUCCAGGAAACGAGUACCACAAGGAGUACAUCAAUUACAAGCUGUUUCCUUCCAUCCAGAUGCAGGCCAUCUGUGACUCAACUGGGAGAUUCCUGGAUGUCUUCAUCGGCUAUCCAGGCUCCGUUCAUGAUGCCAGAGUACUGCGAAACAGCCCCAUCUUCUGCCAGGCACUGUUUCCCCCAGCUGGUUGGUUCCUCCUUGGGGACGGUGGUUAUCCCUGCCUGGAAAAACCAGUGGGAUUACUCACACCGUACAAGGUCCCUCGCGGCCAGGUGCAGGCCAGAUUCAACAGGCAUCAUGCCAGGGCUCGGUCUGUGGUGGAAAGAGCAUUUGGAAGGAUGAAGGCUCGCUGGAGGGCCACCCUUUUCAAAGCGCUGGAGGUCAGUCCAAGCUUUGCCCCUGACAUCAUUGCAUGUUGUGCAUUUCUGUACAAUCUGUGCAUAGACAUGAACGAUGUCCUUGAGGAUGCUGAAGCCUUCCCCCCUGAAGAUGGGGACCAGAGUCCUCCUCCUGCCGCAGCAUGUGGACAGGAAAGUCCUGGACACCACCUAAGGGACAGGAUUGCUGCACAACUCUCUGCUCCUGUCCAAAUGGCACCACACCUGAGAGAGCACGAUUACAUCUAAUGAACUUUGUUUUUUUGUGUGUUUUUUUGGCAAAACGUGGUUGUCUGUUAACUUGUGUUUUUGAAAUGAUGUGCACACAUACCUGAUUUAAUUUUGUUUGUUUUAGCGAGCUCCACUUCUCACUUUAGAGAAAAGAGGUGAAAUAAAAUAAACCUGUGCACCGUUGAUUUCAAACUUGGUUUUCCUGAAUUGUCUUUCUGCAUAAUCCCAAAUUGGAGACAAAUGUCCUUACCUCUUGGAUCAUUCAAUCACGAGCACAGAGCAAAGGUUCAGAAAAUGAACACAGGUCUUCUAAUACAAUCACUUUUGUUUUUGAGUGAAACUCUGCAAAUGGUUUGACAUGAGCAAUUAAGACCGUAAAUGUCAUGUAUAUUUUAAUGCCUUAUGUCUGUGCGCUUCAUAGGUAUAUCUUUAUUUAAAAUGCUGAUAUUCAGGGUUAAUCUUCAGACUUUGGAAAAAACACUUUAGUUCCGUGCACAACAUUACUUUGUGCAAAACGUUUCCUUCUACAUUAUGAAACCCACACAGAACAAUGUAGCCAUCUAACAAUCAAGCAAACGCAAUGUCACCUUCAUCACCCGUCUACCUGUAUUUACUAUAUCCCAUACAAUAUUGAAGACAUGAAGGACAGUACGUUAAAUUAGGUUUAUUGUCUUCCAAAUAAAUAAUACAAGCGAACAAAAACAAGUCU